AUGGUCCAGUUGAUGAAAUUCUGCCUAUACAAGGUUCCUUGGAUCCUCAAAUGGUCCUACAGAGUUACCAAAGAUACUAGAAUAUUUGCCCGUCAAUUUUCUGUUAAAUGGUGGGAUAAGUUCGAAGUUGACAGAAUUGCUAAAUAUGUCUACAAUUAUUUGCCUCAUGAUUUUGUUCCACAUCUAGCUUCCCCCACUGGUUCAACCCGAUCUUCCCUUUCAGUCGAAGGAAAAUCGAAGUCUGAACUUCAGGAGAUUGCUCGCCAGUUGAUAAUUCAAGCCUCUCAAAUGGAUGAUGAUGAGGAGAAUGACAAUGACUCUCCUUCUUCGUCCAACUGCCAGCCCAUGCAGAGCCCGGUCAAGCCUAAAAGUUGGUAUGAAGACAGUCAAGACCCCUAUGAUUUGAACUCUGACUAG